AUGCACGACCUCAAACCACUGAUGCUGCCAAAAUUUGCUGCAGCGCGCAAGUCUUCGAGGACUUCGUUCGACAUGGCCACCGAUCCCACUUUGUCAGUGCAUUCCAGCGCAGAUUCAGGUUUCUACUCGGCUUCUGAGGCCUCCACACCGCCCACGCCAAGCCUGUACACACGUGGGCACUUUCGCUUCCCCAGCUCGACUUCGUCACUUUCUUCGAGCCCACCGACUCACGAUUUUAUCGACCUUGCCAAUGCCUCUGGGAAGCUGCCUAAGCUUACUGAGGAGCCUGUCGAGGAGCCCAUCGGGCGCGAUUAUGAUUACGAGCACGAUGGUCUGCAAUGCUGCCAUUGUGAUGACGUUGAGCGCGACGGCCAUGCGCCAAGUUGCCCAAUUGGUCUGGCCUACAAUUUCGAGAACGAGUACUUCAGCACCAUUGAGACAGAAUCCCGGCUGGCCAAGCGACGAAGGUCGUUGGGGUCGUCAGCGCACAGCAUCACCAACAAGAUCGAAAGACGGUUUCCCUCCUUCUCGCGCAAAGUGAGAGAGCGUGAGGGGUCUUCGACUUUCAGCAGAGUCCCAAGGAGCAACACGCCAUCAAGAGUUCCAUCCACGCGGUCAUCGUCAAUUACUAGUUCCACUCACCGCACUUCAACUGUUGGACUCCCCCAAGGGAACGAAGACCGCUUGAAUGGCAAUGCGCCCAUGUCUAUGGAAAUCGACAUUGAAAAGGCAAACAGCAUGGACAUUGAUCCGGAACAGGUAGACGCAGAGCGAUACGCGACCACCCCUUUGCUGCCCCCUCUGCUCGUCAAUUUUCGCGACGACUUUCCAACAUCAUCUCCCCUCCAGUCGCCUACUGUUGCCGAUUCGACACAGUCACUAGUCCCCACGCCAAUCGGCACUCCAUCUGUGCGCGCUUAUCCGACGCCGCCACUUUCGUCGAAGCCAUCACUAGCGUCCUUCAAAGGAAUGCGGUCCGGCCACAUGGUGUCGUCUUCGGAGAUACCACCGAUGAUGCUUGCUGACCCGAAUGACAAGUGGGCCAACGCCUUGGGCCACGCGAACUUCACGAUCAUCCCGGAGCCAUAUGUACCGACGAUCGUCGAUGCAGUGUCAUUACGUCAGCUGUUCGUUGAUUGGGAGCAGGCGCGCUGCAACUACGCGAAGCACCAAGUGCGGACUGCGGAGCAUUAUGGCGUCACCUCCAAGCACUAUCUUCUCACUGAGCGCAAGUGGACAGAGAUUGACGCUUCAUGGAAGAAGAACAACGACCUCGCCACGUCCUAUGCAGCAGCCAUGGGCCAGGAAACUGAGCCCACAUCGCCUGUGGAGCCAGCGCCCAUAUGCAAGAUGCCCACGCUUGACGACCCAAAAAGCGAAGGCAAGUUCCCCAAGCUCGGCGACGAAGACAUUGUCGGUCCCAUGGUUCAGAUCGCCUCGCAAGUCCAAAAGACGCCGUCGCGCAAGCGUGCGUUUUUCAAAUUCCUUAGCGACUUAUGGUCACCCAGUGCCCUCCUAAGCCGGUCAUCGGUCGGCGUUCGAGGCCUUUAG